AUCUCUGCCCUGCUCGUUGUUUUCUCAAAGGUAAAGUUUACUUGAACAAACACAGAUUCAAUCAAUAAUUUUGUACCUACCCCCACAGUUUGGACAGAGCUUGGACAUUCAUCAUGACGACUCUUUGGGUGUUGUUUAUUUUUUUAAAUUUUGACCUGCUUCUAAAGACAGGACAAUGCACAAAAACAAGUGGCCAAGUUUUAUCAAUCACCCCUAACACUCAAGAACAAGUGGAGAUUUUGAAGAAUGUGUCCACCCAGUUCGAGACAGGUUUAUGGCAGCCCGUCUCACCUCACAAUAUCAAAGAGCUAACACAAGUCCACCUCUACGUUCCUGGGAACAGCUCCGAGACGGUCAAGAACCUGCUGCAGAGACACAACAUCACAUACGAAGUGAUGCUACCCAAUGCUGACGAGAUCAUUAAAAUGCAGAUGAGGAACGACUCCGGCGACCCAAGAAGCGGCUCCACGUUCUACUACAGAUAUCACACUUUAGAGGAUAUCUAUGACUGGAUUAACAGAACAGCCAAUGACUAUCCGGACAAAGUUAAAGCUAUUCUUGUUGGCUCCUCAUAUGAGAAAAGACCGUUGUACGCUCUAAAGCUGUCUCUAAAUAACAGACCAAACAAGAAAGCCAUGUGGAUCGACUGUGGGAUCCAUGCCAGAGAGUGGAUCUCUCCUGCUUUCUGCUUGUUUUUCGUCCACUACUUGCUGUCAUUUUACAACGUGAACACCGAAAUCACUCAGAUCCUGGACAACAUGGACUUCUACGUCCUGCCUGUCAUGAACCCAGACGGAUACAAAUACACCUGGACAAACAGCAGAAUGUGGAGGAAGAACCGUUCCCCCCAAAAUGGUACGUCCUGCAUCGGAGUUGACCUGAACAGAAACUUUGACGCCAACUGGUGCACAACAGGAGCCUCUCCUGAUCCCUGCAAUGAAAUCUACUGCGGCCCCUUCCCUGAAUCGGAGCCGGAGUCUCAGGCUGUCGCCAACUUCCUGCGCAGCCACAAGGAAUCCAUUCAGAUCUACCUGAGCAUCCACUCCUACUCUCAGAUGCUCAUCAUCCCGUUUUCCUGCACCACGGAUGAAGCUGAGAAUCACAGUGAACUGUACGAGAUGGUCAAAACAGCUGCAGAUCAAAUCAGGAGAUAUUACAGGAACACCUACACAUAUGGAGCAGGAGCACAGAUAAUUUACCUGGCUCCCGGUGGCUCUGAUGACUGGGCGUAUAAUCUCGGCAUUAAAUACUCCUUCACGUUUGAGCUCCAGGACCGUGGCAGAUAUGGCUUCCUGCUGCCGCCAUCCCACAUUCAGGGCGCUUGCAAUGAAGCUCUGCUUGCAGUGAAGACCAUUGCAAUGAAGGUCAUGGAGAAACCCCAAGCUGCAACGGGUUCCCGUCAAGCUGGACCUGCAGCUUGAGUUGUGAAUUUAAAUGCUUUSAGCYGUUUUUGAGUUACACCUUCUGUCUCUGAAUAUGCGGAAGCAUCACAACAUUAGCCAAAAUGUACAAAAGCGUUGGAAAAUGUUUAUAUCUACAGAAAGAAGUGUCGCCAUACGUGAGGAAUUCAAACCUAUUUCACAAUAAUGGAURAAAAUAAAUAAAGUAAAGAAAUAUAUGUAACUCAUUGAAGUUUGUUUUCUCCCCUUUUUAAUGCAAUUUUAUUAUCUUUYAUAUGCAUACAUGACUUMAUGRUGGAUGGGUCUACUGGUCCCCUGUUCAGUGAUAAUGUGUAAUUUUUUUUUAGCAAUAAAUUACAUUUAUUUACAGAGUAAUAAACCAAAAUUGAAUUUCUCGGAAAUUGAGAAAUUUUCUGAAGGAUUUUUAAUAAACAUGUUAUGAUUUCUGCCUUGUCAGUUGAUCAACACUCAUGGAUACAAAGAGUCGUUUUUCAGAAAACUGUCUGAAGUGCUGCACCAAAACAAAAAUGCCCAACCCUACUUAAAAAGUAUGCCUACAUAUUACAUUAAACACACUUUAAAGGUGCCUAAAMGACAUACUUCUGCAUAUGUAUCAAUUAGUUUUAUUUUGUAAUCAGGUUACUGCGUGAUGAAGACUUCUGCCCA